UCAAACAAAAACAUUGAACGUGGUUAUCUUUCAUUGUUUACUGGCUGUAAAAUAUUUGGGAUUUAUUCUUUACAUUGCUUUUUAUUGUUAAAAAAUCCCAAAUCAUAGUUGAAAAGGUGCUCAAAAUAUUUUCCUUCUGUUUCUGCAAUAAAAACUGCAGGAAUAUCAUUUUAUACUACAUUAAUCAUAGUAAGUACAACGAUAUGUAAAAAAUUGAAACUCUAAGAUGAUUCUGGAAGAUAUUAAGGAAAUACUUAUAGUGACUGCCACAGUAAGCACUAUUCUACAGUUUAUGUCUGGGAUGUUGGUUUGUCAAAAAUUCAUGAAAAAAGGUUCAACAGAGCAGGAGUCCGGAUUUCCGUUUAUCGCUGGAUUUCUGUCAUGCUCCCUAUGGUUUCGUUACGGUUUAAUGAUUGAGGAUCAAGCCACGGUGUUGGUUAAUUUUAUUGGAACAAUUCUUAUGUUCGCAUGCGUUGUAACAUAUUACCUAUUCACGCCAAGAAAAAAAGUCGUGAUGAGACAAAUGUUCAUAGUGCUAAUAGUAAUUGUUGUCACACAUUUAUAUGCAAGAUAUGAAGAAAAUACAAAGUUGGCAAUAAAAAGAUUUGGACUCAUUACUUGUUGUACGUCCCUCGUAUUUUUCGCUGCUCCUCUUUCAAAUUUGUACCAUGUGAUAAGGAUGAAGAAUACUGAAACCCUACCUUUCCCUCUCAUUCUAAUGACUUGGGUGGUAUCUCUACAAUGGUAUACCUAUGGAGUCAUCAUCAAAAAUACUUUUAUGCAGUAUCCAAACAUGAUCGGCUUUGUUCUGGCGUCCUUUCAACUUCUAUUAUUUGUGAUUUAUCCAUCGUACCAAUCACCCAAUGUCUAUCUCAAGGACCAGUCAGCUAGAUUGAUCAUCCAAUAACAGUACAAGAGUGAGAGAAACAUGUUUCUAGGUGGUUGAAACAUGUUUGCAGGUGAUUAAAACAUGUGAUUAGUGAGAGAAACAUGUUUCGAGGUGGUUGAAACAUGUUUGCAGAUGAUUAAAACAUGUGAUUUGGUGAUAUAAACCUUUUUAGGUAACUGAAAACAUGUUUUUGAGUUGUUGAAACGCGUUUUUAGAAUAUUUUAACUUGUUUCAGAUGAUUAAUACAUGUGAUUAGUGAGAGAAACAUGUUUCUUGGUGGUUGAAACAUGUUUACAGGUGAUUAAAACAUGUGAUUUGGUGAUAUAAACCUUUUUAGGUGACUGAAAACAUGUUUUUGAGUUGUUGAAACGCGUUUUUAGACUAUUUUAACUUGUUUCAGAUGAUUAAUACAUGUGAUUACUGAGAGAAACAUGUUUCUAGGUGGUUGAAACAUGUUUACAGGUGAUUAAAACAUGUGAUUUGGUGAUAUAAACCUUUUUAGGUGACCGUAAACAAGUUUUUAAGUUGUUGAAACGCGUUUUUAGACUAUUUUAACUUGUUUCAGAUGUUUAAACAUGCGCUUAUGCCAUGUAAACAUCUCUCAGGUGAUUUGAAACAUGUUUUUGGUGACUGAAACGUUUUUAUUUAGUAACUAGCAGGUAACCCGUGCUCCGCAAAGGUCUAUUUUAAAAUUUGAC